AUGGAGCCGUCUCCUCUCCCACAAGCACAACUAAUUACACUGUGCCUCGUACGAAUAGUCGUACCGAUCUCCUUCACACAGAUAUUCCCGUAUAUCAAUGAGUUCAUUGAGUUCUUGGGAGUGACAGAUUCGUCACAAAUCGGUUUCUUUAGUGGGCUUGUGGAAUCCAGCUUUGCGAUAUCGCAGUUGCUUUUCAUUUAUCAUUGGGCUCGAUUGUCUGAUAGAUUUGGUCGUCGUCCCAUUAUCAUUAUUGGUACGCUUGGGGUCGCUGUAAUGACCAUCGUGUUUGGUCUCGCAAACAGCAUCCCCGAACUCAUAAUUUAUCGUUGUCUUGCUGGGUUCUUCGGGGCUACUGCAUCGGUUAUACACACUGUGUUGGGCGAAAUUACAGACUCAACUAAUCAGGCUGCGGCCUUUCCUUUGUACGGAAUUACAGGACCUGUUGGAAGCAUCAUCGGCUCCUUCCGCCUUUCAUUUUCUACUACUUCUAGACCUCUUAUCGGUGGCUCGCUUUCAAAUCCGGCCCAGAAAUUCGAACGCAUUGACCACGCAGAAGGGCUUUUCAGUCGCAUCGUCUCAUUUUUCCAUCUGCAUCCAUAUUUCCUUCCAGGUCUCGUUUCCGGUAUCAUAUCCUUGAUGGGAGUUGCGUUGGCGUAUUUUUGUUUGGAAGAGAGUUUGCCUACUAAACGACGCUUUCCUACUAGUAGUAGUCAAACCGAUCCAGAAACAUUUGCUGGUGCAAACAACGAAUCAGAAGAUAAUGCUCCGUCGUUUCCUAAGCAUCCCUCCGCUCGCAUACUCCUCUCUAUACCCAUUAUUCGAGCAUUAAGUCUUAGUGGUUUCGCACUCGAAAUGAAUGGGACUUCUUUUGUGGUUCUCUUCGUGCUAUUUUGUUACACGCCUAUUGAACAGGGCGGUCUAGCGUUUCCUCCCUCCGUCAUCGGCUAUGCUCUCGCAUUUACUGGACUGGUGGCUGGUCUUACUCAGUUGUUCCUUAUGCCUGUUUUCCUCAGACGCUUCGAAGCAGCCAAGAUCUACUCCGUCUGUAUGGCUGUAUGGCCUCUGGUGUUCCUUAUACUUCCAUGCCUAAAUAUCAUUGCCCGGUACGGUAACUUUGAUCGCGCAGGAGGGCUUACGCCACUAAGCACCCAUACAAAAGCAAUUCUAUGGGUGGGAUUCUUUGUCACUUUAACCUUGAGUCGAGUUGGAGGGAUUGCAUAUCCGGCUAGCAUGAUCUUAAUCAAGAACAACGUUCCUUGUCCAGAGUAUCUAGGUUCAACCAAUGGACUAGUGCAGUGGUUCAUGUGUCUCUCUCGCUGUGUGAGCGCAGCCUUUGCUAGCUCUGCCUUUGCUUUCUCCGCAAAGUAUAAUAUUAUGGGAGGUCAUUUCUGGGCCGUCUUGCACGCUUUGAUAGCAGUUUUGGGAUGGUGGUUGGCUCGUAGCAUAUCCUUGAAUAGUAAAAGCACCUUGAGCUCAUAA